AUGGCGUAUGCAAGACAAGAGCAGGUCAGCGUUCUGUAUCAGAACAUACACAUAGUGGAACCAAGGUUAAUCCAGACGUACGAACAUGUCAUUAAGAACUUCAUCCGAGAGAUCAAACUCCAAAGCACAGAGUUGGAAACUUUGGCUGUCGCGGUAAAAAGAGCUCAGGAUAAAGCGGCAGUUCAGCUCAGUGAGCUGGAGGAAGAGAUGGAACAACGGAUACAGGCUGCAGAGCAUAAAGCUAAAAAGGAAGAGAAGCGAAAAGCUGAAGAAGCACUAAAUGAGCUGAAGCGCCAGUAUGAUACUGAAGUUGGGGAUCUUCAGGUGACAAUAAAAAAACUUAAAAAGCUGGAGGAGCAAUCCAAAAAUGUAAAUCACAAGGAAGAUGUAGAUGAGUUGAAAAAAAGAGUACAUGAUGUGCUGCUGGAAAAUCAGAAACUUAAGAAAGAUCUUUUAGAAGCACAGACAAAUAUAGCUUUUCUACAGAGUGAGUUAGAUAGCUUGAAAAGUGAGCGUGCGGAUCAGGCUUUGAACAGUGAGAGAGACCUAGAAAUGAUCCGAGAGUGUACUGAAGAGAGAGAUAGUCUGGAAAGACAAGUUCAAAUUCUUCAAUCAGCUAACAGAAAGUUACAUGACAGCAAUGAUAGUCUCAGAAGUGCACUUGAAAACAGUUUCAGCAAGCACAACAGAUCAUUGCGGUUAGCAAACACCUCACCAGGAAGUACAAUUUCUAGAAGCAGUCCUAAACUUAAUGGUGGACAGUCUCCUCUAAACCCACGGUAUGACAGGUAAGCCAGAUCAUCUCCUUGUGUGGAUGAAGAUUAUGAUUCUUUAGCCCUUUGUGAUCCUAUGCAAAGGAUAAACUGUGAAGUUGACAGCUUACCUGAAAGCUGUUUUGACAGCGGUUUGUCUACCCUGAGAGAUUCAAAUGAGUAUGAUUCAGAAGUGGAAUACAGGCAUCAGAGGAUUUUUCAAAGGUCACAGUGUAUGCAAGAAGGCUUUGGUGGUGAUGCUUCUGAUACAGAUGUACCAGAGAUCAGGGAUGAAGAGGCAUAUGGUCCUGAUAACAGCAGUACAGUGUUAGACUGGAAGCCAUCACGACCUGUAAGUCGAAGCAGCUCAAUAACUUCAACAAGGAAAUACAUAUCUGCUCUCACCCCUCAGUCAGAUGCAACUGAAUGUACUCCGAAAUACCCCAGUUCAGAGAAGGCUUACAAGAUUGUUCUUGCUGGAGAUGCAGCAGUGGGAAAAUCCAGUUUCCUCAUGAGACUUUGCAAGAAUGAAUUUCGAGGCAAUACCAGUGCAACCCUGGGUGUGGAUUUUCAAAUGAAAAGACUAAUUGUUGAUGGAGAACCUACAGUGCUACAACUGUGGGACACAGCUGGACAGGAGAGAUUCCGAAGCAUUGCUAAGUCGUACUUCAGGAGAGCAGAUGGUGUCCUACUGCUCUAUGAUGUGACGUGUGAGAAAAGCUUUCUCAAUGUGCGAGAGUGGGUGGAUAUGAUUGAGGAUGCAACUCAUGAAAAUAUUCCAAUUAUGAUGGUGGGAAACAAAGCAGAUCUCCGUCAGGUUGUUACAGAACAAGGGCAAAAAUGUGUGCCUAUAAACUAUGGAGAAAAGCUGGCUAUGACAUAUAAUGCACUCUUCUGUGAAACAAGUGCUAAAGAUGGAUCUAAUAUUGUAGAAGCAGUUCUUCACCUUGCUCGUGAAGUGCGAAAACGCAGUGAUAAUCAAGAUGAUACGAGGUCGGUAACCAGCCUGGCUGGGACACCUGUCAAAAAACUGGCACUCACGAAAAACUGCUGCAAUGUUUAA